GGUCUCAGUCUCCCGGCGAGAGGCGGACUGACUGCGGCCAGAGGCAGCCCUGCUCGCCCACACCCCCCCCCCCCCUUUUUUUUAGCUUAGCUUGGAGGGCAACCGAGAGAAGACGAAGAGCCGCAUCCAUGCAAUAACUCACUUUUGUUUUUUGUAAAAUGAUCAUCUGUAGGAGUAAAAUGGAGUACCCCCUGAGAAGCCAGCGCCAGCGAGUCCAUAAACAGGUGAUGGUGAACGGCGAGAACGAGCGCGUGUCGCGGCUGUUCAUGAAGGCUGUGGUCAGCAGGGGCGGCGUGGACGCCGUGUCCCAGCAGAUGGCCUCUCACCCGCGAUACUUGGAGAGCUUCCUGCGCACCCAGCACUACAUCCUGCACAUGGACGGCCCCCUGCCGCUGCCGUACCGCCAUUACAUCGCCAUCAUGGCUGCGGCACGACAUCACUGCAACUACCUGGUGUACCUGCACUCGGCCCAGUUUCUGAGGGUGGGCGGCGACCCUCAGUGGCUGCAGGGUUUGGAGGCGGCGCCGCCUCGUCUUCGUCUCCUCGAUCACAUCAACAAAGUGCUGGCCCACCAACCCUGGCUCACGACCCGCUCACACAUCCAGGCGCUGCUGAAGUCGGGCGAGCAGUGCUGGUCCCUGGCGGAGCUGGUGCAGGCUGUGGUGAUCCUGGCCCACUGCCACUCCCUCUGCAGCUUUGUGUUCGGGUGUGACACGGACGCAGACUUCGUCCCGCUCUCCAAAUCUCCCAACGGUGUCCCGCCGACCUUCUGCCCCUUCGAUGCUGCCAACGGCAACGCCAACGUGCCUCAGUCGCUCGCCACUCCCUCCGAACACAUAACUCGACGAAGGUCUCUGGACUCCAGUUGUGACAUGGUGUGUCUCAAAGAGAGGAUCCAGAAGUCCCAGGAGGAGCGCGAGAAGAGAGAAGAACGCUUGCUACAGACACAGACACUCCAGCAAACGGAUACGGAGGACGAAGACGAGACGAUGUGCUUCACGGACCCGACGCGAUUUAUCACAGACCCCGACUUGUGCUACCAGGAGUUCGCCCGCAGAGAGGAGGACCACUUCCAAGUGUUUAGAGUUCAGGACUAUUCGUGGGAGGACCACGGCUUCUCAUUGGUCAAUAGGUUGUAUUCGGACAUCGGGCACCUCUUGGACGACCGGUUUCGGAGCGUGACCACCCUGCCCACGAUGCACAGCCCCGACCUGAAGAGGGCCAUCUGGAACUACAUCCAUUGUGUGUUGGGAAUACGGUACGACGAUUACGAUUACGGGGAAGUGAACCAGUUGCUGGAGCGGGAUUUCAAGCUGUACAUCAAGGCUGUCGCUUGUUUCCCCGAUGCCACCAAAACUCCGGUGUGUCCGCUGAGUCUGGCUCCGCUUAAAGCCUCGGAGCGGAUACACGUUAAUUUACUAAUCAUGGAGGCCCGUCUGCAGGCUGAGCUGCUGUACGCUCUGAGAGCCAUCACCCAGUACAUGAUUGCCUAAGUGCUCGGAGAGGCCCGUGGUUCAAACUCUCCGCCGGUACAGAGAGACCCAGAGACGCCGAGGGCGAAGAAACCCGCAGCGCCGACGGCGCAUUCGAGGCGCUCAGUGGCUUAGGAGCUGUGCCUCGCGAACGCGCCCGUCUUUUCCUCCGAUUCGAUGUAUUUAUACCAUAGUGUGCCAUGCCCCUCCCUCCUCCUCCUCCUCCUCCUCCUCCUCCUCCUGCAGAGUCCACUCUUCUCGGAUCAAACAUCUCGGCUCUUAAAUGUCACGUGCAAUUAUUAGAGUUGUUUUGAUUUGUACAUGUUGUUUCGUGUUUUCAACUGGGCCUGUGAGAGGCAGCUUGGUUGUAGCGGCGUGUUAAGGUGGCCAACACUCAAAGUGUCAUCGUCACCUUCGUAUUAACUAUGCUUUCCCUCCCCAAAGGAUAUCUUUUAGUACAAGGUGAAUGUUCAUGGGGGACCAGGUCCUCGGUUAUAUUUGGGACAAUCCUUGUCAGUGUUGGAGGAGGACACAAAGUGGACCGUGAAGGACCACAGUUUUUCUCUCUAAUAUUUGGUAUUAAAGCUGGUCAAGAACAAACACGUCAGUUACACUGCUGGAAGUUAUCACAUUAUAGUUUCUUUUAAUAAGCACUUUUUUCAACUUUAUAUAUUUAUAAUGCAAGGUAGCUCAUUAGUAGACAUUUUGUGUGUGUGUGUGUGUGUGUGUGUGUGUGUGUGUCUGUCUGAAGCCUUUCUUUGAUGUAUGACUAAAGUUUUUAGACCGUGUCCUCAAACUUUCAGACUCUACUUUUGUUCUCAACCCCAAAUUCCUAAAGUGAAGUAACUUGAUCCAGCAUAUUCCAGUGAAUUAUUUUUCCAAUUGAAGACGCACGCAAGGCUUUUCAAGGUGAUGUUGUCCAAACACACAACUUGCAUCCAAUGACAGCAUCUGUAAGUACACUUAAGAGGUAAUUUGCCUACAGUGAUGAUUAAGCUGAGCCAUUUGCUUAAGGAUUUGUGUGCUUUUUGUAUGGAUGUGCUUUUAAAAGAGAUCAAAUCAGAGGCUGAUUCUCAGUCUGAAGUCCAUUAAAGAAACGCUACAGCAAAGUGAUGAAUUGGAUCGACGAGAAGUGUUGAUCUUCACUGCUCAAGAGGUUGAGUUCAGAUUUUUGCUCCAAGCUGAUUAUCAAGUCAAAAUCCACGGUACUUUUAGCAAAGCAGAACAAUGUGUAAACUAGUUGUCAAAACACUUGUAUCUUUUUUUUAUUUUUGUAGUUAUUGUCAACUAUA